AUCAAAUACACGCUUAAACCAAUACUACAUGUUAUUAUACAAAAUUCCAAUAAUGCUGUACAAUCCAAUUGGGGAACCCUAUAACGGCUUUCGUAUAGCGGUUCUUGCAAUAAGAAUAGACAUACGAAAAUGUAUUUCGUCGUUGCCAUACGUAAAAUACUAAGUAUUUCCGUAAAAUUGCAUGCGUUCGAUUACAAUUGUACAAAAUCAAAAUGGAAUUAAUAGAUGAAAACGUGUUUCUAUAUAAAAACUUACAUGGUUCAAAAAGUUAAAACAUCUUUUAAACACAUUGCUCGCCCAAAGGAAAGUAGUUGACCGAAGUGGCAACUACAAUUUGAUAUUUUGUUUCUGUUUGAACUUUCUUUGAAUUAAGUAUCCAUAUGUGCAUCAGAAAGUCUGUUUUAAAUGUUUAUCAACUUGUUUAUUAAAUUUUUAAAUUUCACAAUAUAAAUCGGCAAAUCGUUAUAAUGGCAAAUAAUUCGUCGCAUGUCUACAGCAUCGUCAGAAAAAGAUACCGAGUUAAGUCAACAGCUACCACAAACACCAGAAAUGAACUCUUUACAACACUCAUUCACACGAAUAAAUAUUGAUGCUCCAGAUGAAGACUGCAAUUGUUUAAAUACGACACUCAGUGUUUAUUCCCUGCUUGCGAGUUUAGAUUUGGGAAGCUAUAUGGAUUUGUUUGCCGCAAAUAGCAUUGGAUUAGAAAAGUUUCUGAACUUAUCUUAUUUAGAUUUGCAACUAUUAGGCAUAAACGACAGUAGGCAUCGGAAUCUUAUAAUGGAUGUAAUAAAUGCUUUUCGAAUUGAUUAAUUGUAUGCUGACCGUAGAAAGUACCUAAUAACUGUUUUUAUCAAAGCAUAAAAAAUCUAAAUGUAAAAUAAUUAAUUAAAAUGUAUUAGGAUAUGACGAUUAAUAUUAUAUGACAUUGUAAAUGCUGAUACUAGAUAAGUUUUACGUGGUGGCAUCCCACAUAUGACUAUUUUUGCAAUGCUAUGGUUUAAAAGAUAUUAGUUAAAUUUUAUAAUUAAGUUUUUUACAAAUAUGUUCCUAUUAAAAAACAUACAUAAAUAUCA